UCUCUCUCUCUCUCUCUCUCUCUCUCUCUCUCUUUCUUCGCCAUGGCUCUCGCUUCGACCUCUACGCUCUCCACCCACCCUCUCAAAACCCUAACCGCCCCUCGGCCCCCUCGGUGCGCGCCGCGGCCUCCUCCGAGAAUCGUCCUCUGCAGAUGCUCUGCUAAUGCAUCAGGAUCCAAGAGUUGGAGAGCCGUGGCGUCCGCUGCACUCGCCGCCGCCGUCGUCGUCAGCUUCGAGGGCUCCGUGCCAAUGCCGGCGAUGGCGGACCUCAACAAGUUCGAGGCCGAGAUGCGCGGCGAGUUCGGGAUCGGCUCCGCCGCGCAAUUCGGUUCCGCAGAUCUCAAGAAGGCCAUCCAUGUUAAUGAAAAUUUCAGGCGUGCUAACUUUACCUCCGCUGAUAUGAGGGAGUCUGAUUUCAGUGGUUCCACCUUCAAUGGUGCUUAUCUGGAAAAGGCAGUAGCUUAUAAAGCAAACUUUACAGGUGCUGAUUUGAGUGACACUUUGAUGGACCGCAUGGUACUAAAUGAAGCUAAUCUCACAAAUGCUAUCCUAGUUCGAUCAGUUCUCACGCGCAGCGAUCUUGGUGGUGCCAUCAUUGAAGGUGCUGAUUUUAGCGAUGCUGUUUUGGAUCUCCCUCAAAAACAGGCUUUAUGCAAAUAUGCAACUGGAACUAAUCCAGUGACGGGAGUAAGCACAAGGAAAAGCCUCGGGUGCGGUAACAGUCGAAGGAGUGCCUACGGGAGCCCUUCUUCCCCUCUUCUCAGUGCGCCUCCUCCGAAACUAUUAGACCGUGAUGGGUUCUGCGAUCAGUCGACCGGUCUCUGUGACGCUAGUUGAACGAAGAGAGAGGUCCUAACAUUGCAAGCUAAGGUGCUGCAUAUGCAAACGAGCUGGGCGAAAUCAACCAUACGCAAGACGCAGCUCUUUCCUUUUUCCCUUGCUCUGCAAUAGAGUAGGCGUAAUUCGGUGUGACGUUUAAUACUCUUUUGACAAUUAUUACUAUAAUAUAAUAGGGGAGUUGAAUGUCUUCUUAAAAGGU